AUGGCCAUAACCAUUGCUCUCAAACCCUCAGUUACAUCCUUUUCAUUCUUCCCCCUUGAACUCAUAGGUAACGAAGAUACUAAGAUUAUAGAGGAUCCAAGUCAAGGAGGAUCAGUGGCACAGCCUGCACAGGACCAAGUGACAGCAUCAGAUGCGAAACCGGAUACAACAUCAACAACAACAACAAAAGCAAAGGGACUGGAUGAAGAUGGGGGUACGCCCCGUAUACCCGGCGCAGUACCUGAUAACAGUACACCAGUUGGUGCACGAGUGUCUCCACCUGUGGGAACUGGCACUCAGGUUCCAAACGAAUCAGGAUCCACGGGAACUCAGGGCGGGGUGGUGACGAACAUAGUGGCAGAACAGCCCGAUACCCGGGAUCCCACGCCCAAGGAGUGGACUAAUGAUGAUUGGACUUUUGACGACACAGCCUGGAGUUUCAUUAGUACCCGUUCCUUCGCCCCCCGUACAAGCGUGGUCCAUACACUGGACCCUGCGGCAGGGCAGGCUCCCGUUUCAGGCGCAGACCCUGGUACCGGUGGUACUACGGGUGGUGCCUCUGGUGGGGCAGGAAACCGAGGUCGUGAUUCUACUACCCAAGGCAGUGGAGGAGGUCAAUCCUCUGGCCCCGGUUCCACUGGUCACCAGAACCCUGGUUCCUCCGGUAUCGGCUCUACUAACCCGGGGGCACCUGCCACUCGUGUAACCAUAAAGGAUGAGUGGGACACAGAAUUGGAUAAAAUCCCUUUAUGGGGAAUAGGAUCUAGCCGCCUGCCAAUUUUAUCGAUAAAGAAGACGAAGUGUUGCCCGAAAUCGAAUAUCUAG